UCAUUCUCUGAGUUUGAUGGCCGCGUUGUGUUCGAAUCUGCCACGGGGGUUCCGGUUCAGUCCGACGGACGAGGAACUCAUCAACUACUACUUGAGGCCAAAGAUCACUGGGAAUGAUGAGAACUUUGACUUUAUUCCCGAACUUCAUUUCUUCAAAUCGGAGCCCUGGGAUUUGCCAGAUUUAUCCGGCAUACAGACAAAUGAUCUAGAGUGGUGCGUCUUCUCGCCACAGGACCGGAAGCACUCGAAUGGGAAUCGAUUGAACAGGGCAACCAGAGCUGGGUACUGGAAAGUGACUGGUAAGGAUCAAAAAAUCUGGUCCAGAGGCGGAGGGAGGGAGAUUGGAAUAAAAAAGAUACUGGUUUUCUAUAAGGGGCGCACUCCAAAUGGGAAAAAAACUGAGUGGGUCAUGCAUGAGUACCACGCAACCCUGAAGGAGCUUGAUUGCACCGAUCCCGAUGGCGAUCAGAAAAUCUUUGUUCUGUGUCGUUUAUUCAAGAGAACUAACAAUGGUGGCAAUGGUCGAAAGCGAAAGCACUCUACCGAAGCUGGACCUGCCAAGUCUAAACGAAGGGCGGCUUCAGAAUCUUCAGCAUUGGAAAUGCAAGCUGAAGAUCAUCCAACAACUAACGAAUCUCCUCAUUCUGAAAAUUCUGAUGUAAUGACAUAUGACACUAUAGCAAGUGUUGAGUGUGGUGACACCAAUUCUCCUGCAGAGAAUCCAGUGGUAGAAAUGGCACAAGUGAUAGCUGAUGAGGUUGAUCUGCAACCGGAGAGCAACCUUUCGACCCUCUUAACUUCACUCUUCGAUACAGCUGCUGUUUCAUCUCCAAACACGGCCAAAUAUUCUCCUGAUGAAGCAGAGUCUGACCUAACCCAAGCUUUAGAAUCUCCAGCAUCAGUGCAAGCUGAAGAGUAUCCAGCAAUUUAUGGAACCACAUCUGACAUUAGAGCACAUGUUGAGUGUGGUGACAACAAUUUUGAUGGUUACUCUGCAGAGAAUCAUAUGACAGAUGAGGAAGAACUAAAUAGGCUCUUUGACAUGCUGCAAGAUCCACCAGAUUGCACCCUUUCACUCCCCAAUACACCUACCUUUUCAUCUCCUUCUACAGCUAAAUCUUCUUUUGAAAAAGCAGAGUCUGAGCCAGCGCUGGCUUCAGUAUCUCCAGCAUUAGGAGAGGCAGCCGGUAAUCAUCUCACAGGAUGUUACUCUGAUGGAAUGACAUCUAACCCUGUAGCACCCACAAACAAUUCUCAAGGGGCCGAAGCAACAGCUGGUAAUCAGGUGGGAGACUCAAAUUUGUGCUGUGCCCCACCAGAGCUACCAGUAGCAGACAUAGAUUGGGACUCGCCCUUCUUCUCCCCAUCACACUCGCAGAUGCAAAUAGAGUUGGAUGCAAUUUGCAUGUCUGACCUUGUCGCUGAACAACCAAACUAUGCGGUGCCUUCGCAAUAUGGCACAAAUGAUGCAGCCACCUAUAACUCUGAAUUAUGGGGUCCGAUGCCCAAUAAUCCAGAUGAGUCCCUUGGUAACGAUCCUAGCAGUCAAAAGAAACUCGCUUUUGGCUGUGAGACCAUGAAAAACAUGGAAUCUGUAAUGGACGACGUAUCACGCAGUGCAGUGAAUGCAAAAAUGCUCAAUGCACUGAAGUUUGAUCCACCCGUUCAGCAUUCUAUGUGGUCUGACGAGAUCAAUAUAAAGGCUCAUCUGGGUUGUUAAAUCCCGGAUCCUAUGAUGAUGGAGGUACUUCUUCAAUCAGAUCUAGCUAGACUCUGAUUGAAAAUCUCAUCCGUUUGAAACAAAAAUUAUUUCUCUCAACAGCUUAUCGAUCUAAAGCAAUUAUCUCAAUUCUCUAAACCAUUUCCAAUUCCAAUUCUCACGAGUCACUACUAAACCUCAAGAGCCCAAACUUUUUCUCAGCAAACACCCAAACAAUCCCAGCAGGGAAAAAAACCCCAAGGGUAUAAACCUAUUUGAAAUCAAUCAUACUCAUUGAUUCCAAUUAGUUAUUCCUUUUCAGCCUAAGAACCCCAAACGUUCCUCCCAAUCCUUUUCAAUUACCAUCUUCUUCAAACCUCAUUCUAGAGUUAUGAACUCCUCCAUCGAGUUCAAGGUCUCAAGUAGAGUACCAAUCUUCUAGAACCCCAAACCUUUCUCGCAAUCGACUCAAUCCUAGCAAGUGAAUUACAAUCUUCCCAAGUGUACGUUUAGAAAACCAAGAAACCCAUUUUCAUGGAAAUCGAUCCAUUAUCCCACUUGUCAUUUCUACAAAAACUCUCCCUCCAAAGUCCAAAGUAUGCCAAGUGAAGCCAACAAAAGUUGAUGUUUGGCCUAUGCCCACCUUACUUUUUUCCAAGUAUGAUUAGUUAGUUUAUUAGUAUCUUAUGCGGACCGCCGUGCGACGGUGGUUGAAUAUUAACCUCGCAAGUUGGUACUUAGCUGUUACUUGAAGAUUAUCAAGCUUUUUAGACUUCCAAAUUUGAAGAUUAUGUUAAGUUGAUGGAUCUUUGGCGUAUGAUCACCUUACAUUUUAUCCAAAUGUGAUGGGUCAAUUUAUCGGCAUCUUCUAUUGACGAUUGUAUGGUGAGGGCUGAAUGCUAACCCUAAGGGUUCAAUACGUAACCCUAAGUUAGCUUCCCAAAUCCCCUACUUAAAACAUGUAUCACGAAUUUGAAGUGUGUAUGUUAAUUUGUAUUUCAAGUUUGUUUCAAUUGUCAACUAUGUAAAUAUGUAAUGAAGAACUCAAGUUUGUAUUUCAAGUUUGUUUCAAUUUUCCAGUAUGGAAAUAUGUAAUGAAGAACUCAAGUUUGUAUUUCAAGUUUGUUUCAAUUUUCCAGUGUGUAAAUAUGUAAUGAAGAACUCAAGUUUCCAAAUCA